AUGUUUGUCCAGGUAUGCCUGUACUUCUACUGCAAAUGCUUGUGGCGCUGCCUGAAAUUUGUGGUCAGGAAACUAACAGGUCAAUGUGAAUUGCAAAGGAUUUGUUACAAUACUAAACCUGGAGCUGCCAGAACUAUGAAAAUAGAGGCAUCACUGAAAGGUUCAAAAAGUAAGCGGCUGCAAACUUCAGUAAGUGUUCACCCUGAUGCUAUUGAAAAAACUAUAGAUGACAUCAUGGAGCUGAAAAGGAUUAAUCCAGAUGUAAAUCCACAGUUGGGAGUAUCUCUUCAGGCAUGCUUGCUGCAGAUUGUGGGGUACAGAAAUCUGGUUGCAGAGGUUGAAAAGCUGCGCAGAGAGCCCUAUGAUUCAGAGAAUCCGCAGCAUGAGGAAAUGCUUCUGAAGUUGUGGAAAUGCUUGAAGCCCAAUUCACCACUGAAAGCUCGGAUUUCGAAGCAGUGGUGUGAAAUUGGUUUCCAAGGUGACGAUCCUAAAACAGACUUUAGAGGGAUGGGUCUCCUGGGCUUAUAUAACUUGGUGUAUUUUGCUGAAUGGGACACUGAGAUAGCCCUGCAAGUUCUCUCUGAUUCACUUCAUCCUAAAUACAGGGAAGUCACUAAGAAGGAACUAAGCCACCUCAGCAAAGCUGAAUGGGAGAAGAAAAAGUUUGAUAAGGCCAUCGGCUAUUCUUUUGCUAUCGUGGGCAUUAACAUAACAGACCUUGCAUACAACCUGCUUGUGAGUGGAGCUCUGAAGACUCAUUUCUACAACGUUGCUCCAGAAGCACCAACACUAACUCACUUUCAGCAGACGUUCUGCUACUUAAUGCAUGAAUUCCACAAAUUCUGGAUUGAAGAGGAUCCGCUGGACAUAAUGGAGUUCAAUCGUGUCAGAGAGAAAUUUCAUAAGCGGAUCUUGAAACAGCUCCAGAACCCAGAGAUGGCUCUGUGCCCUCAUUUUGCUGCAUCAGAAAAUUUAAUCAAUAUGUAG